AUGGCGGUUGCUUACGUUUUGGCCUUCGUGUCGUUGUCUCUCGCCGUGGUGGCUCCAUCGGUUCAAGCUCACGUCGCGGUCUUCGAUGAAUACUGGACGCAGCGUCAAACAGACGCGUUGCAGAAAACUAUGGAAUCUUAUGAUCCUAACCCGUAUAACGUCACGGACCACUUGAACUACCAUGCCGCAUUAGCAAUGGAGACGAAUGGUGCUGGAAACGGAACAAGGAGAGAGCUCACACAAGUUGGAGUUGCCCGGAAAACAAAGAGACGUGGCGGAAGGUACGAAUCCCUUAACGCGAUCGAUAAAUGCUGGCGUGGAACCAAAAACUGGGACAAGAACCGGAAAAAGCUAGCGGACUGCGUCCUCGGAUUCGGCCGGAAAACAACCGGAGGGAAAGCUGGACCGAUCUACGUAAUCACCGACGCAUCGGACGACGAUCUCAUGAACCCUAAGCCAGGAACUCUAAGACACGCCGUGACACGCGACACGCCGCUCUGGAUCAUAUUCGAUAGAAGCAUGAUCAUUAAACUGCAGCAAGAACUGAUCAUAAACAGCGAUAAAACCAUCGACGGUAGAGGAGCGAGUGUUCACAUAACCGGAGGAAAGUCAAACGCGUGGAGCCCUGCACCGAAAAACCCAAUCCCAAGAAAGUUUGCGAUCAGGCCUCAGCCAGGAACAAAGGUAAGAAGACUCACCAAGGAUGCUGGUACGCUUGGUUGCAAACCGGGCAAGUCCUGCUGA